UUAGACGUAGGGGAGGCUCAGGACCGGCUCAGAAAGUGUCUCUGGCGGCGUUGGCCACGAGCGGGAAUGGAACUCGGCUGGUCGGUGCGGAGCGCAGCGCUCAGCACGACACUGCCAACAACAACAAACUUGAACUCUGACCCCGUUCUCUGACGUCACCGCUCAGCGUGACCUCAUCGGCGUCAAACGCCACGGGGAGGUGUGCCUUGUUAGUGACGUCAUGUGACCAAGGUAUUCACCCAACUCACGCGCUCUUGAGCGUGACGUCACCUCCGCUCCAGUGCCAAUCCUUAUUUGGGCAAAGCCAGGCCCGGUGACUGGCGGCUCAUUAACAUAAUUUAUUCAUGAAAGCCGUCGCGAGUUGAGAGCCGCUCAUUGUGGGAGGGGAGUGUCAUCGUACCCCGCAAGUGACGUCAUGUCACCUGCUGCCGCGUGACGUCACGAGGGACCGGGAAGUUUCCGCUCGGCCCGUGCGCUGAAUUCCGAGUUUAUUUUUUAACAGGCCAUGCCCACUUGAGCUGCUGUACCGCUCUUGUUUUCAGAAGCAACCUGCCCACAACAACAACAAGCUGUCGCUGCCUCUGCAGAAUUGCUCUGAUGGAGCAAAGGCAGUCGGCGCGGUUUGGUGCAAAAAGGCAACAAUGUGACCGGUGUGCAUACAGCACGGAUCAUCCUGGAAAUUUGACACAGCACCAGAGAACUCACACAGGAGAGAAACCGUUCAAGUGCAGUGUGUGUGGGAGGGCGUUUGCACAGUUGUCUGCUCUUGUAGCACACCAGAGAACACACACGGGAGAGAAACCCUUCAAGUGCACUGUGUGUGGGAGGGCGUUUUCAGAUUCAUCUGCUCUUAUAAAACACCAGAGAACACACACGGGAGAGAAACCCUUCAAGUGCACUGUGUGUGGGAGGGCGUUUGCACAGUCAUCCGCUCUUGUAACACACCAAAGAACACACACGGGAGAGAAACCCUUCAAGUGCAGUGUGUGUGGGAAGGCGUUUUCAGAUUCAUCUGCUCUUAUAAAACACCAGAGAACACACACGGGAGAGAAACCCUUCAAGUGCAGUGUGUGUGGGAAGGCGUUUUUAGAUUCAUCCACUCGUGUAAUACACCAGAGAACACACACGGGAGAGAAACCGUUCAUGUGCAGUGUGUGUGGGAAGGCGUUUUCACAGUCAAUUAAUCUUGUAGCACACCAGAGAACACACACAGGAGAGAAACCCUUCAAGUGCAGUGUGUGUGGGAAGGCGUUUUCACAGUCAAUUAAUCUUGUAGCACACCAGAGAACACACACAGGAGAGAAACCCUUCAAGUGCAAUGUGUGUGGGAAGUUGUUUUCACAUUCAUGUUCUCUUGUAGCACACCAGAGAACACACACGGGAGAGAAACCCUUCAAGUGCAGUGUGUGUGGGAAGGCGUUUGCACGGUCAUCACAUCUUGAACAACACCAGAGAUCACACAAGCAUCAGAAGAUCCACAAGGAGUGGAGUCUGAAAUCAGCUUGCGAAAGUCAAAGUGCCGCAAUGAGCCCAUCCCUCGUGAAACAAGAACCGGAAGACAAUUCCAGCUUGGACGCUUUUAAAGGUAUCGAGGUGAAACAUGAAGAGGUGAAGGUGAAAUUUGAAGAAGUGAUGGUGAAGAGCGAAGAAGUGAUGGUGAAAUGUGAAGAAGUGAUGGUGAAGAGUGAAGAAGUGAUGGUGAAAUGUGAAGAAGUGAUGGUGAAGAGCGAAGAAGUGAUGGUGAAGAGCGAAGAAGUGAAGGUAAAAUGUGAAGAUGAAGAUUCAACUCCAAAAUCUGACCUUCACAUCGAUGGAGGCAACGUGAAGCAGGAGGAGAAUUCUGACUGUGAGGCCGAGCGAGGCAACUCCCAGCAGUUUGUGGAAGUGGAGGUGUGGGUGGACUUCCUCCGAGACAAUACAAAGUCAAAUGGAGACCCGGUAGAUGCGUAAGCUUGAGAUGAUGUCGCUCCAAUAGAUGCACCUUUGUCACAGGCUAUUAAUGACAAGAAUGAAGUUGAACACUCAAUUCCUAGGUUCAACCUGCAGAGUAAGAGCGGCCAGUCUGUGUGGACCUGUGUGUUGGGAUGAUCUCUAACCAGGAGCGAGAGCCAAUAAGCUCCCAAGCAUACACAGAGUUAUCAAUUGCAUUUAUAUGGUGCUUGCUUAAUCGCCUCGGCAACUCGGAGUUUUGCAAGUAACCUGUACAGAUCACUCAGGUGAGACUCGUAGUUCUUGUGAUACAGGUCAAAGGGUACUUUUGUGUUUUCAGGAAGCGUCUGCCUCUGGAGUAACUCAUUGUCUUUGAAAUAGGGAGCACACUCGGAUCAUUAAUCAGUUACAAGGCAUACCACUCAAAAGUUACACGUAGUGGAGAUACAUUUUCUACAACACGAAUUAUAAUUUUGUAUUACGUGUUGACGUAGAUUUUGUCGAAUUAGGACGAGAAAUGGUCCUUGCUGAUUAACGUCUGGAUGUUGACAACCAUGGGUUGAAGCAAGCCUGACCGCCUGCAGUGCCCCUCACAACCAUUUACGGCCUUGGGCCAGGAAAGUCACGAAGAAAAUUGUCCACGAACGACGCAUCCACGCAAGCACCCGAUGCUCCCUUUUGAAGUUUUAAAAUGAAACAACUUUGAAUUGUAUAUUGUUUUGCAUUUGAUAAUUGUAUUUCUUCAUUAAAAGCUGAUAUCAUUUUCCAUCUGGAAGACUUCAU